AGAGGGAGUGCCCGGGGAGGGCCGGGCGGAAGGUGGGUUCUGCGUUCUGCGGUGACCGGCGACCGGCGACAGCACGGAAGUGGGGAGACUUGGAGCACAGCUGCCCGGCAUAGGUGUCCACGCUGGAGCCUCGCUGUCUUCGAGAGUGCCCAAGGUGAUAUUCUUCAGUAGUCAAGAUGUCGUCAGCACCCGAGCCUCCAGCAGUUAAGAAGGAACCACCAAAAGAGAGAAACUUUGAAAGCCCAGGCCUCCGAGGGACUCACACAACAACCUUGUUUCGAGCUGUAAAUCCGGAGCUCUUCAUUAAACCUAACAAACCUGUAAUGGCUUUUGGACUGGUAACCCUUUCACUUUGUGUGGCUUAUAUUGGUUAUCUACAUGCAACACAAGAGAACAAAAAGGAGCUCUAUGAAGCUAUUGAUAGUGAAGGACAUCAUUACAUGAGGAGAAAAACAUCUAAAUGGGAUUAAAGUGCUGGUUCCCUCAGAUGGAGCAUUAUUACAGGCUCUGAAAUCUUCAAAUGAAAACUUUCUGAGAGUGUGGAAUUAUGUUAAUUAUGUUUCUUGUUCCAUAAUCUGUUAGCAAGAGAGAAUGUACAGUUGGAAACAGUCCACUGUAGUAAAUUUAGUCCAAUUACAGCUGCAGCUAUUAUCUCUUCCUUUUUCCACAAAACAAUUUCUCAAUAUUUCUUCUAUGAAACUGUCAUAAUAUGGGGAGUCUUUUUUGUUAAAUUCUAUGCAACAAAAGUACCCAGUACUAUUAAAUUUGCAUGGAGUUUCUAAUGUUUUAAAGUGAAUUGCACCUUUGCAGCUAUAGUUUGCUGUUUAAUAGAGAAGAUACCCCUUCAGCUACUAAAAUCAUGAUUAAAUAAUGGAAUAAAACAAAGUAAUUGAAA